CAGAGGAGGACGAAAACGAAACGCAGGAGCUGCAGGAAGAGGAGGAACGGGAAGAGGAGGGACAGAGGAGGAGGAGGAAGAUGAGGAGCGGGAGGAAGAGCAGAAGCACCAGAACCACGCUGGUUUCCCGCCCGCCGGCUCAGGCCGCAGCUCCCGGCUCCGGCAGCAUCGCCCACCCCCCACCCCCCCCGCCGCUGGAAACCACAGGUGAGCGGGGAGGGAGAGCUUGCCGAAAAUCCAUCGGAGGGUCUCUGCGAGGCUGGGGGGGUCAGGGGAUGUUUGUAUCUGGCAGGACCCCAAAGCCGAGCCGGAAAUUGCCCUGGAGGGAUCUUGGGGGGCUCCCACGUGGCGAUAGCCCGCUACCGGCAGGCAGUGGGGCGAUAUUGGAUUUAGGGAUCCCCGGGAGAGGCGGGGGGGAACGCGACAGCCUCGGAGCAGGGAAAGCCCAGAGGGUAAUGCCGGAGCCAGGGGACCCCCGACAGUCUGCAGGGGUGGGGGAGCCUGGAGAUGAGCGGGGUCCCGGCCCCCCUAAAGCUGAAAGGAGCGCUGACUUCUGUAGCUGCACUUGGGCAGUGGGAUCAUCAAACCAAACUCACUCAGAUCUUGUUUUCACCCCCAAACGAGGAUUUCCAAUUCCCAAACGUGUUGCCGAUGCAGGAGGAGGAGACUGCAAAGAAGAGGAAGAUGGCCCGGGAGCUGCAGACAGACACAGAGCUGAGGAUGGAGCCCAGGGAGGACAAAUCCCUGCUGCAGAACAUCAUGGAAGAGGCCAUUUUGAGCAGCUCCACAGUGCAGGAAUUAAAUGGUGAGGAAAAGCCCCGGAGAUCCCGCAGGAGGACGGGCUGCAAACGCAGAUCUCAGGGAUCCGAGGAGGAAAGAUCCACCCUGGACCGGGGAGGCGUUCGGGUCUCUGAGCAGCUUCACGAUGGGGAGCAGCCUCACAAGUGCUCGGAAUGUGAGAAGAGCUUUAGUUGGAGAUACUCCCUGAUCUGUCACAGGGGAAUCCACACGGGAGAACGGCGCUAUGAGUGUGGGAAGUGUGGGAAGAGCUUCAGCCAGAGAUCCUCCCUGAUCCGCCACCAGGUCAGCCACAGUCUGGAGAUGCCCUUUGAGUGUGAUAAAUGUAGGAAGAGGUUUCAGAGCAGCACCUGUCUCCUCAGGCAUUACAGGAUUCACAGGGAUGAGAGGCCCUUCCGCUGCCCCGACUGCGGGAUGGGCUUCAAGCACGACACCAGCCUCAUCGCCCACCGGCGCAUCCACACUGGGGAGAGGCCCUACGAGUGUGGGGAGUGUGGGAAGAGCUUCUCCAGGAGCUCCAACCUGAUCAUGCACCAGAGGAGACACACGGGAGAAUGGCCCUAUGACUGUGGGGAGUGUAGGAAGAGCUACAAGACAAGCUCUGAACUGAUCAUUCACCAGAGGAGCCACACUGGGGAACGACCCUAUGAGUGUGGGGAGUGUGGGAAGAGCUUCACCCGGAGGUGCCACCUGCUCCGCCACCAGAGGAGCCACAAGGGCUCUACAGCCUACAAGGAAUGUUCCUAUGAGUAUGGGGAGUGUGGGAAGACCUUGAGAUCAAGCUCUGAACUGAUUGUCCACCAAAGGAGCCACACUGGGGAACGGCCCUAUGAAUGUGGGGAGUGUGGAAAGAGAUUCAUGUCGAGAUCGCACCUGAUUGCACACCAGAAGAUCCACACGGGGGAACGGCCAUAUGAGUGUGACCAAUGCAGGAAGAGGUUUCAGACCAGCACCAAUCUCCUCAUACACCAGAGGAUUCACAUGGAUGAGAGGCCCUUCCGCUGCCCCAACUGUGGGAAGGGCUUUAUGCAAAACUCCACACUCAGCAUCCACUGGUGCAUCCACACCGGGGAGAGACCCCACGAGUGUCCCCAGUGUGGGAAGAGCUUCUCAUGCAGGUCAACUUUGACCCAACACCAAUGGAGCCAGCACUGAGGGAAGCCCUGCGAGUGUCCCAAGUGCAGGAAGAGCUUCAUGCGCUGCUCCAGCUCCAUCCCCAUGGGAGGAUCCCCCCUGGAUGAUCCCCAGGGACCCCGGGUGGGCAGAGCCCUGAUGAUCUGUGGUGCCGCUGAUCUUUGUUGGGAGGACACCUGACAGGGGCUUCACAUUCUCCUGGCUCCCUGUGACCACCUGGACACAUCCACAAACCAACAUCAGAAAUCCGUUGUGGAGGGUGGAUUUGUUGACUUCUGACCCCAAAAACACCUCACUUUUUGCAUCUUAGGAUAGCAUCAAGAAGCACUGCGUGGCCUUUCAGGUCUUCUCCAACAGAAAUCCGUCAUUUCAAUUCUCUUUGGCCCAUGGGCUUCUUCUGCAGAUAACAGGGAUGGACUAGAUUAAAGGCCACGAUUUUGGAGACAGUGUGGUGGAAACUCCUCCAAAAACAUGUUCUUCCCACCCAAGCAUGUGGAUGGUCUCUCAGCAGGGACACGUAAAUCCCUUUGUUCUGGCCUUGAAACAAAAAGGUUUCUUGUUCAUCCCUUUGAAAGCUCUGAAACUGGGUUAAAAAUAAAGAUGUUGAACUAAGGCAUGGAUGAGGGCAUGGGAUGACAGUGACAUAGGUGGGGCCAUAGGGGGACAUGGGGGACAUGGAUGAGGACACAGACAUUGAUGGGGCCUCAGAGGGACAAGGGUCAGUGUCACCCAUGGGAUCAUGUGGCCCCAUGCUGGGUGACCUGGUGGGAACAUCCCCAUAGGUGUGACUUUGGCCCCUGAUGUGUGUCCUGGUGGCACUGUGUCCCCUCCCUCCAUAUGUCCCCAUCCCCCACCGUGGCUCCCUGUCACCCCUCUGUGUUUUCCUGUCCUGCCCCAAGUGUCCCUGUCCCCCCAGUGCAUCCUCAUCUUAAUCUCCUCUAUGUCUCCCAGUCCUUCCCUCUGUGUCGCUGUCCCCUGCCCCUGGUGGGGCCAACAUCCCCAAGGUCCCGAGACUGUGUCCCUCAAGGUGUCCCCAUGUCCCUCAGGGUGUCCCCCUGUCCCUCAGGAUGUUCCCGUGGCUGGUCAUGAUGCUGAGCAUCUUCACCUUUCCUGUCACAGGUCGGGAAAUCCCAGGACACCCUGUGACAGUCCACAACAUGCCAUGACAUCCUUUGUUCUCUGAUUUUGGGUCCUCCUCUCACCAUUUUUGGUCCUUUUGCCCUGUUUUUGGUCAGUUUCCCCCCUUUUUUGGAUCCCUUCCCUCUUUUCCCAGCCUUUCCCCCAAUUUUGCGUGCCCUGCCCUUGACAUUUGGCACAUUUUUGGGUGCAUCCCCCCUCCUCUCCAACCCUAGCUCGCCACGCUCUGUCCCCCAAUGCAUGUCCCCUUCUGUGUCCUCAACUGUCCCCCCACCCCACAUGGACUCAGUGGUCGCCAUCCUGGAUACCCUUGAGUUCCCAGGCCAGGACUGUGGAUCUCCUCUUCCAGGAGAUGCAGAGCUGGCCCAGCUCCCAGGUGACAUCAAAGGCACCAGGGCUUGGGGUGGGUGGCCUGGUGGGGGUGGGUGGGAGGGGGUUUGGGGUCAUCUUUGAACUGACAAUGAGUCUUGUCCACUCUGCAGUGAGGAGCAGCCCCAGCUGGGGAGCCUGGGAUGGAUGGGGGCAAGGAGAGGUUGGAUCCGGUCCAGAUGGACACCAGAGCUGUGGAUCCCAGCUGGACUCAGAUCUGGAUAGGCCCUGGCCCUGCAGACCCCAAGCCUGGCCAGUCCCCAGCCCCAGAUGACCACCAGCUUGGACACACCCUGACCCACCCCACUGGCCCACCAGCCCAUCUCAGUAGCCCUAAUCCCAAAAACCCCAAAAUAAACCCAAUAUCAGAACAUCGGCUCGAGAUGGUGCCUGUAGAAUGAGGGGGAAACUGAGGCACUGGCUGGAAGAUGACUUUGCAGUGAUGGGAGUAGACUUUAUGACCCACCCUGGAGACCCUCAAAUGACCACCCACCCCCCAAACUGUCACCGCAGCAUCCCGGGACCCCCAUCUCUCACAUCAGGGGGGCUCCAGGAGCCACCACAGCCCCUUCGAGGGCUGACCUGCAGUGUCCCCCGGUGUCACUGGAGGAGGAGGAGCUGAGGGUAUGAAACUCCUACCUGGUCACAUCAGGAACCCUCUACAAGAACAGGGGCCAAGCAUGGGCGGAGCAGCAGAGGUACCGCGGAGGACCGGGGUGGGGACACGGGGACAGUCCCUGAAGUCCCAAAGGUCCUCUCGGGGGAUGCUGUGCGUGGGGGAUGCAGAGUCACGCAGCAUCCUCAGGGGCAUGCAGGGUGGUGGAAGUGGUGGCAUGUCCCCAGAAAUGUUGUCACCACCCCCCACAUAGGAAGUGGGCCACCUCCUGCCUUGGGGCACUGGUGACAAAGUGGCGGGUGGCUGUGACAAAAAGCACAGGUGCCGCAUGGGUGUCCAGGCUGAUCUGCACUUGCCCACUGUGGCCGCAGUUGUAAAACGUGACCUGCAGACACAGGGUGGUACUUUCAUUGUGAUUGUCACUGUCAGUGUCAUUGCCAUUAUUACUAUCAUUGUCAGCAUCAGUGGUGUCAUUGUCACCAACACUGUCACUGUUAUUGUCACGGUCACCAUCACUGCCAUUGUCAUUGUCCUGUCACUGUCACUGUGCCCUGAGGUGACUUUGUGAUGCUUGUAUCCACACUUGUCUGUAAUGCUUUUGCUGGAUAUUAAGUUCUACGCUUUAAGGAAUAGUUCCGAGAGUGAAGGGGCUGGAAGAAGGAGCGCAGGGUUUGUUUACAGAAACUGCACUCACUCCUCUGCAUUCUGAUCCUGGACUGUGUUGUCUGUGGACGGACAGAGUGACAGAGCUCCACUUUGCUUUUUAGUUAGCUUUUAGCUAGCUGAGCCACAGAAUUUCCCUGGACUGUUUUCUCUUAUUUUUCUUGGAAUUGUUUCAACCUGUUCUGGACUGAAAACUCAGAAAAACACGCAGAGCUCAUGCCUGUGACCUACAGGGGCCAGGAUGGCAUUUUCCAGCACAAGAGGGCCUGAUGAGAGACUGGGCAAGCUGAGCUACAACCCAUGGCAAGGACGUUCUCAAUUUUGGAAUCUUUCUUCAGAAUGGCGAGAGGUUUUGCUGUUUGAUAUUGUUCAUUGUUUUUCUGCUUGUGGGUACUUUGCUUGUUAAAUAAACAGGUUUUUCCACUUUUCCUAAAGGAAAUAUUUUGCCACACCAGUUGAGAGAAGGGCUGCUUGGGUUUGCUUUCCAGAGGGACCCCAUUUAAAGAUUUCCUCCCAAAUUUGCCCUAAUCCAGGACACCAGUUCCUGUCCCCAUUCCGAGUCCCAUUCCCAAUCCUAUUCCCUACAUUCCUUCUCCAUAUUCCUGGUCCUGUCCCCAUUCCCGGUCCCUCUCUCCACUCCUGAUCCCACUCCAAGUCCAGCAUUCCUGGUGCCAUUCUUGGUCCCUGUACCCAUUCCCAGUACUAUCUC